AUGGCUGACGUGGUUUCAACGCCUAUACUGACUGACAACCAAAACAAAUCGGAGUUAUGUAGCGGUGACAGUGAUUACGGUAGCCAACACGCCAAUGGCAGUUUCGCAAUGGAGGUGGAUGAGGCCAGUACUGUUAAACAAGAGCCACCUUUGGGUUCGUUCGAAGCGGCACUCGCUGCUGCUGCAGCUGGGGCUACACACCGAAAGAAAGAGAAUGCUCCGCCACCAAAGAAGAUAAAAGAAGAGUACUCUGACGAUGAUGACAUUCCUUGGGCUGAACGUAUGGCUAAAGAAAAGAAGGAUAAGCCAUCCGAGAAGAAGAAGGAUAAGAAAAGAAAGGGUGGAAGUGACAGCGAAGAUGAAUACAAACCAGAGGUCCGCUCUUGUAUAUUUUGA